CAUACACCACCAACAAAGGAAAGAUCAAAAGGAAAAGAAAGCUAUAGUCUUGACUCUGGUAUCCUAACCUUUCACAGAAAGUGUCCAUAAUUUCCUUACUUGGUUCUUAGAGUACUGAUGAAUUAGUUCAACCAAACAUUUGCUUAGCUUGGUUUAUACUUGCCAGAAACCAGAUAGAACACUCCACAUGUCAAUUAUGCAGAGAGAAAUGCCUUAAAUUAAUGUGACUUUGAUCUCCUCCAUUUCCCUUCAUAUAUAUUAUAUAUACACUCCCAUACUCCAUUUAUACUUCAACAACUGCUUGCUCUUCAAUGGAGAAACAAGUUCACUUCAUCCUCUUCUUGCUUGCCCUAUUCUGUUUCUCUUACAUAAUGUUUUCAGUUGUUGCAGAAGGUCUUGUGAGUGGACACCAUGACAAUGGAUCAGUGAAGCUUUUUGUAUUUGGGGAUUCCUAUGCAGAUACCGGGAACUGGGAGAAAUUUGCAGCUUCCUGGAAAGAGCCUUAUGGAUUCACUUUUCCUGGUAAACCAGCUGGUAGAUUCUCUGAUGGUCGUGUCUUGACAGAUUACAUAGCUUCAUUUCUUGGUAUAACAUCUCCAGUCCCUUACACAUGGAGAAAAACUGUAGAAAAAUCUGGUCUACAAUUUGGGAUGAACUUUGCAUUUGGAGGAACUGGAGUCUUUGAUACAUUCAUCAAUGCACCAAAUAUGGCUACCCAAAUUGAUUUCUUUCAACAACUGCUUGAAGAAAAAGUUUACACUAAACAAGACCUUAAUUCUUCCAUUGUCCUGGUGUCCCUAGCAGGCAAUGACUACACUGCUUAUAUUCAAAGAAAUGGCAACUUUCAGGAUUUGCCAGCCUUCACAACAUCACUAAUCAACCAGCUUUCUGCCAACCUGAAAAGAAUACAUGGUUUCGGAGUGCGAAAAAUAGCAGUAACAGCAUUGCAGCCUCUUGGAUGCCUGCCGAUAUUGACAGCCUUCUCUUCAUAUCAGAAUUGCAGUGAAAGUUGGAACACUGCCUCCAAGUUUCACAACCAGAAAUUGCAGCAAGCAAUACAAAGGAUGAACAAUGAGAGCGGAAAACACAUGUACGAAACACUGGAUCUGUAUACUGCAUUCAUGUCCAAAUUGAAUACCGCACGCCUUGCAGGAAACUUGAAGUUGAGGAGUUUUCUUAUGCCAUGUUGUGUGGGCGUGACAAGCAACUACUCAUGUGGAAACGUUGACAAGAAUGGGGCAAAGACGUAUGUGGUAUGCGAGAAGCCGGAGUUGUCUGUCUUCUGGGACAUGGUACAUCCUGCACAGAAUGGUUGGCAUCAAGUCUAUUCGUCUCUGAAAUCUUCACUUCAUCGACUCUAUUAGGAUCUUCAGAUGAUUAGGAUAAAAUUAUAAUAAUAAGAAGAAAAUUAUAUUGUAAGAUUUGAUUGUUGAUCAGAUCAUCUAGCUACUAGGAAGGUGAUUUGUCCUUUCCUUUAUAUCCUAAUAAUUUAUUUUCUCA